UCAUUCAAGACAUCUUUAUAGUUGGUAUUACCUAUAAUCUCAUGGUUGGUACUAUUGUAAAUGCACUUGUGUAUUCUUUGGAGAAAGUUGUCACCAGGUGGUCAGCCGUAAGGUAUAAGGUUAUGUUUCUCGUGUGUACGAAGUUUUAUCUUCAAAAUAUUACUUGAAUUUAGUGGUGUAUCAGUUGUACUUUAUUGGACAAUUUAAAAAUGCCCAAAACAAAAAAGAAGUUUAUUGACAAAAAGCAUGCUGUUACCUUCCACCUUGUUCACCGCAGCCAGCAAGAUCCUCUUGUUGCAGAUGAAAGUGCUCCCCAACAUGUGUUGGUACCAGCAAAUUCAGAGAAAGGGGAGAAGGUUAAUGUAAAGAAAAUAAAAGAAGAACAACAAAAAUAUGGAAUUUUCUUUGAUGAUGAUUAUAAUUACCUUCAACAUCUUCGAAGUAUUAAAGAAGUGGUGGGUGAUUUGCAACCGUCACCAAGGCCCAGACAAAAGGAUGAGUUCCCUCCACUGAAAGGUCAAAGCAGCAGUGCUGAGCCGCUUGUUAAAAUUCAGUUGCCAUCAUCAGUGUUUGCUUCUGCAGUAGAAGAGGAUAUUGGCAUGUUAAACAAAGCUGCACCACGUUCAGGACUUCGUUUGGAUUUAGACCCUGAUGUUGUUGCUGCUAUGGAUGACGAUUUUGAUUUUGAUAAUCCUGACAAUGAACUUGAAGAUAAUUUUAUAGAAUUAGCAAAUGCUGAAAAAAGCUCUGAUGAUGAGAGUUUGAGUGCUGAUUCUGCUUCUGAAGAGAAUUAUGAUGAUGAAAUUGAUGACGACGUUCCCAGCCUGCAAAGUAGUGAAUGUGCCUUUGAUGAGGAAGAAACAAAAUCACGGUUUACAAAUUAUUCAAUGUCAAGUUCUGUCAUAAGACGCAAUGAACAACUGACCUUAUUAGAUGAUCGUUUUGAGCAGUUAUUUGCCGAGUAUGAUGAUAACGAAAUUGGAGCUCUUGAUAGCGAAGAAAUCGAGGGGCACCUUACUCAGAAUUCUGAUCUCCUGGAGCAGUGCAUCGAAGAUUUUGAAAAACGAAAUGCUACCCACAAGCACGAGGUAGACAAAACCCUGAAGAUAAUAGAAAAUCAAUACACAGAUUCUGAAGAUGAAACAGAAUUAUUGGAAGUUCCUGAUAAAACAGAGAAAUGGGAUUGUGAAUCAAUACUUUCAACGUACUCCAACUUAUACAACCAUCCUAAAUUAAUCAGUGAACCAAAGGGUCCACAACGCAUUCGUGUAAGUGAACGGACUGGCAUGCCCUUGGAUGUACUUGAUGGUGGAAGUAAUAAAUUGACUGCCAAAUCACUUGCUAAGUUAGAUUCUGUAAACCAAGAAAUGGAUCAGCAUUGCAGAGCUGAAUCAAUUUUAUCCACUCUCUCUGCACUAUCCAUCAGAUCUAAAAAUGAGACCCCUGAAGAAAAGCGAAACAGGAAGAAAGCAGUUAAGGAAUAUAGACAGGCUCGAAGGAUGGAACGUAAAUUAAAUACAGAAGCAUUUAAAGAGGAGAAAAAGAGGCAAGAAAAAAUAUUGUUGAAUAACAGGUGUAAUCUGCAAGGUGUGAAAAUUAUAUAAUAAAUCUCAAAUGUGUAUAAUAGACUUAAUAUAAAAUAAAAAGCAGUAUGUUGUAUUAUGUGUGUUUUCUAAUUGUAAUGAAUUGACUGGUAGUUGUAUACUUUUUACCUUUCAAGACAUGACACACUUGUUUCAUGAAACAUUUUGUACAUGAUAUAUUUUAUGUAUGUUUCAUAAGUGGUUUUAUAAAAUUUCUGACUUUGCACUGUUGGCACAGAAGAAAUUAAUAUGAUUUAGAAGUAAAUAGAUAUUUUUGUAUUUUUGAAUAUACAAAAUUCAGAACCAAUUAAGUUGGGGCCAGGGGCAACAUAUCACAGUUGCCCCCUCACCCCUUUGGACACCCACAUUUUGCAUGUAAUUUUUACUUAAGGCCCAUUUUCACAAUAACAUUAGGUAUUGUGACACUGGUGUCACACCUUCUCAAAAGUCGUGACUAUUUGUGAAAGUUGUGGAGACUUUUACACGACUUCUAGUGCUACAACUUCUGACAAUAUUCAAUAACAAUAUUAUAAAAAAUACAAACAAGAGGAUACAUUCUAAAAUCUCCAGCAUUCUCUGUAUAUUGUGUAAAUUAUCAUUAUCACACAAUGUUUAAGAAUUCAAUUCUGUUUCAAAAUUAUGAAAAUAUAAAAUAAUUAAAGAGAAUUCCUUUCAGGUGCAAUAUAAAUGUUUUGAUUUCGAAACGUUAAUUAAUUUGAGGUAUGAAGCAACAAAUACUAUUGUAUGGGUAAUUAUUGAAAAAUUCUAACUCAAUUCAAUUUUAAAUUUCAAUUCAAAAUGAAUCUUGAAAUAUUUCACCAGAAUGAUUGCCGAAGGGUUAGUAGGACAGAAAUUGUGAUAUUUUAAUGUUAUGCAAUAAUAGAUUCAACAUAUUCUUCAAAAUUAGCUGAGAUUUUUUUAUUUAUUUAUUGGAUAUAAUACAAGUCCAGCAGGAAACCUCAAUUACAAGAUUAUAUACAACUUAAAUCCAACAUCAUGGCAUGCAUAAAUUUGGAAAUUCAAUUAUAGAGAUAGAACAUUAGAAAAAAAUUACAGGACUACAUACAGCUUAAAUCUAACAUCAUGGCAAAUACAAGUAUAGGAAUAUAAUUAUAACUAUAGAAGAUUGAAAUAAUUAUUAUACAUUAAGAUAUUUGUUAAUAUUGGUAGAGAGGAGAUCAUUUUCAAUAGUCUUGCAUUGUACAAUGAUGCUCAGUUAUUUGAUUAUAGAACAGUCCGAGAGAACAACUAUUGUAUGUGGGAAUCGAGAAUGCAACUUCUGAAAAUAAUUAUGCCUCUAAUUAGUUUUAUCAGAAAAACAAUUUGGUUCAAAUGCCGCCUCCUCUCAAGACUGUAGAUUGUUUUUGUGUGACAAUUCCUCAUGGUGGAUAUCAUCCCAAAUUUUUAAAUUUAAAUAUUUUGCAAACCACCAUUGACAAGCCUCAAGACUUCAUCAACCCUAUUUUGUCUGAAGCAGAUAUACUCUUUGGUCUGGAUCCCAAAUGACUGAUGUGUAUUUUAGUUUGAAUCUUACAUAAUAAAAUUCAAACUAAAAUAGUUCCUCUAUUUUUAUAUUUAAAAAAUGUCCUCUGUUAUGUCUAUUGUCUCGUAAAGUUAUUAGUUUCAAAGAUUCGUCAUCUGAAUAUUCUAAUCUCAUUCAAGGUAGAUUAUUACUACUUCCACAACUUGGCAAAGGUGAAGUCACAAAAUGUGUGCAUAAUGAACUCGCAUGUAUGUCCAGAUGCAAUAGAUAUAGCAAUGUUCAGAAGCAGAUGCCAUCUUAGCAUUUGCUCUACGGAAGAAACAACGAAAAUCUGAUUGAGAUGGAGGUCAUUGACCCAGAAGCUGAACAUUACCUGUUAUCUUUUCAGUCACCAAAUAAAUACGUUUCGUUAACAAUUUUCUCUCUGAGAAUAGAAAUAGAAGGGCAGGAGUUCUCGAAUGGGUAUGUUAGUAACAAUAUAAACAAAAUACAAAAUAAAAUCUACAUCACUUUUUGCAAUGUGAACCAUCUUACGGCUCCCCAUCGACUGCACUAUACGCAAAAUUACUAUUCUCUUUCGGCAUAGUAAACCUUUACGACUUAAUCCAUCUGAAUGUCUAUAAUUAAAAUUAAUUUUGUAAUGAAACAGAAAACUAAAAAAGUAUAAAUUUUAAUCGACACUUUUUCAUGUAACUUCAUGCCUGAAAAUGGACCAUUCGGGCAACUGCAAUAUGUUUACAAUUUAUUUUUAUUUUGAAAAUUGCGAAGCACAAAUAAAACUUUUUAAUGUGAAAAUGUCCACUAAAGAUGCGCCAAUCUCAGAUGAUUCAAAAGUAUUGUAAAUUUCUUAUUGAAAAUGAAGUGUAAUGUAUUAGAUUUAAUAUUUUUUAUGAAGCUUAAAUAUAUGUUAACACUGUUUCUCGGUCACAUGCGUCUUUAACCCGUGUUAUGUCAUAGUUAUGUUGUAGUUAACGUCACUAGGCCGAUAAACACCAAAUAACCAACCAAGAUUUUUAUUUGUGAAAUCAGGCGCGUGUCAUUCAAUACUUUUCGUAAUAACAUCUUCUUAUAAGAAGAAAAUAAUAUAAAUAAGAAACUCCUUUGCUUUCAAGACAUUGGAGUGCAACGCCAUCUUCUAUUUCAAAUACGAUUCGUUAUAUACGAUACGUUAUACGAUUCUUGCUUAUACGCGACAUUUACUAUACCAAUAUUUUAUUGUAAAAACAUACUAGAAUCGUUUUGUCCCCUAGCCCUAUUUGUUCCCCUGUUCCAUCUGUUCCAUUUCGAGACGAGGCGAUCUUUUAUCAUUGACUAUGUAAACCACGAGCAACGGUGUGCUAGUAACACUGAAUUGCACAAAAACAUGAACUAAUAAAUAGUUCGAUGAUUACUUGGCUUCUUAGUGUCCGUUAAGAAAUUAACGACCGGCGGCCAUUAAGGCUACCUUUUCAUUUUUCUAUGAGGUUGUGUUAUGCAG